AUGCUCAGGCCUGUCAAAAAAGCAUUCCCAAGAGCUGAACAAGUUGAUGAGGCAACCUAUUUGUCAAACCUAGCAGUGCAGAAAAAUGCAAGUGCCUUCUUCAAGAAGUAUGACGCGACUGAGCUGCAGGAGUUACUUACAGCCAUGUCCUCGAGUUGGCUGGCUUCAAAAGAUGCCAUGGAGUGUCCAAUAGAGCUUCCCAGCGGACUGGUGAGCCAGCUAAGAAAUAUAAGUUCCCGGACUGCAAUUUUGCUGGCACCGGUGGUUUCAGGUGUACCCUUGGACUGUAAAGAAGUCCAUCAGAUUUUGAGAGAGUUGGCUGUUGGCAUUUACUGUUUAAACCAGAUACCUUCGAUCAGUUUAGAUGCUAACUAUGACCAAAGCACAUCUUGUCAGCUUCCAUCAGCUUAUGUCGAUACCAGAAUUGGACAGAUUCUGAUCAGUGUUGAUUACAUGCUCAAAGCCCUGUGGCACGGGGCCUAUGUGCCCAGAGAGAAACGCAUGAGGUUUUCCAAGUUGUGGCGCUCUGAGGUGGACGUGGAUGCAGAUGGGAAACCCCAAACGGAUGGAAACAUUUCUUCAGUGUUUUCCUCAGGAGGGCUAACUGAUAUUUCUACUGAACCUGACUUUGUUGGAAUCUAUGAUGAAAAUAUCAAUGAAGAUCCAACUUACAAUCCAAACAGUGCAGAAGAAAAAAGUUUCUUCAUGCAGUAUGCUGAUAAUAUAGUACUUAAGUUGACAUUUGGUAAUGCACAAGUUGAGCAACAAGAAAACUUUUUUAGGUUUGAUGCAGUAUACAGACUCACCAAUGUUAUAAGAUCAGCAGAGGACUGUUUAGACAAAGAAACAUAUCAGAGAUUGCAGCAAAGGUUAGCUCUUCACCAAAAGCUCCUGAAGAAACACUUAGAAAAGAACAUCACAGUACACAAGAAUAUAGAAUACCUGAAGUUAAUGAGCUUUUUGAUUCCAUUUUUACUGGGGUUUAAGAAGAAGAUGGAAAUUCCCAAUUUAAAUAAACUUCUUCAGGCAUACUCAAGUCUCGAGCUUAAAACUGAAAGAGAAUUGCCUCCAUUUUUUCUUGGACAACAAUUUAAAUGUCAGCAUUUUCAAUAUGCACAGAAUGAAUUUUUUCAUGCCCAUGGAGGAAUAGAAUUUGACGUUGGGACUCCUUCGAUACAGGACAUUUCAGAAGAGAUCAAGGUUUUAGUUUGCUCUCUUUUACGUAACGUAUGUGUGCAUGUCUUUACAGCCAACAAGGCUGCCUAUGAAAAAAUACAGCAUAGUGUAUCAAGACAAAUGGCUCAGUUGUUUGAUGGAGAUACAACCGGUAGAGAACAUUAUCCCAUUCCAGUCAUGGAAUUUGAGGGUAAGAGCUACUAUGUGAUCUGUAUUGAAUUUGAAGGGUUUUAUCAGCAACUUUAUAGGACACCAUGGUGGGCAGCCAUAAAUGAAAAGAUAAAUACUCUUAAGCCCAAAAGAGUUGCCUUUACAGAUACACAGAUUCUUGACCAAUUGAAAAGAAAAUUUGGUUACAAGGAAGCUAUUAAAUGCAAGAGCUUGCCAUAUGGUAUGAAAUCAGCUGCCAAGAGAGGACUAGCUGCUAUCUUCAUUGCCUUCUGUCGUAAGGCAUCUACGUCCAGUUUCAGUGUUAUUGAUGAGUCUGGUUUCACUCUUCUGCACCAUGCUGCCAUGUACAACCGUGUUCCAGUUAUAUACCAGCUGAUUAAAGCCCAUGUGGAUAUCAACCAGAGAUGCAUCGUUCACAUUCGCCUCGGUCCUACUGCCUUACACUUAGCAGCUCAGUGUGGAUCCAUUGAAGCCCUUAACUGUCUCCUUGCCAUGAAGGCAGAUUAUAAAGUGGCCGAUCAUCAAGGCUGGCUGGCUGUGCAUUAUGCUGCAUUCUAUGAUAAGAUUGCUUGUAUCACAGUCCUGUGCAGAAAAGACCCUAGCCUGCUGGAGGCUGAAACAACAGCUGUGUAUCGAGUUACUCCACUGCUGCUUACUGCCAUAUCUGGGGCGUUAGACACACUGCAGUAUUUGUUUUCUCUCGGUGCCAACUACAAAAAGACUGACAGUAAAGGAAACAAUGUAAUUCAUUUAGCAGUGCUUUACUUUCACACAGAAAUUCUUAAGCAUCUGCUGGAGGUAAAUAAUCCAGAUCUUCCUGUUUGGAGUACUAUUGUAGGUAUGUUAAACUGUGAAGAACCUACUAGGAGAGAAAUGGCUAUUAGGUCCUUGGAAGUCCUUUGCUUAGCAAAAGAUCACUACUGGAAGUGCAUUUUGGAUGCAGGCACUAUAUCCCCUAUAAUCAGUUUGUUAAAGAGCCAGAACAGCAAGCUUGCAUGCAUAGCUGCCGGAGUUCUGAGCAACAUUUCGACUCACGAUGCCAUUUCCAGAGCCUUCGCAGAGGCUGGGGGCAUUUCUGUGCUGGUUGAUCUGUUGGGCUAUGAGGAACCUGAACUGCAGUCUCGCUGUGCUGUUGUCCUAUACGAUAUUGCUCAUUUGGACAAUUAUCAAAAUGUCAUUGCUAAGCUGGGUGGAAUUCGGUCUUUGGUAAAUCUUUUGGAAAGUAAAACUGAUGAUUUGUUGGUAAAUGUAAUGAAUUGUAUCCGAGUGUUGUGCAUUCAAAACAAAAGUAAUCAAGAGGAAGUAAAGGAGCAUGAGGGUAUUCCGUUACUUAUUCAGUUUCUAACUGCACAUUCAGCUAUACUACAGGCUGUAUCGUCUGCAGCUAUUGCAGAACUUGCUCGAGGGAAUAAAAAAAUGCAGGAUGCCAUUGCAGAUGCAGAGGCAAUUGAUCCUCUAGUUGAACUUCUAAGAAAAAGGAUUAUCAAUGUACAAAUGGAAGGUGCUCUGGCUGUAGAGGCACUAUGUGAAAACAACAUUCAUGUGCAGAGGGCGUUCCUGGAGAAAUCAGUAACAAAGGAUCUGCUGAAGCUCUUAAAGGCAUUUCAUGUGAAAGUGAAGGAACAGGGUGCAACAGCUUUGUGGGCACUGGCAGGAAAAAAAAUGAAGCAACAGAAGUUCAUGGCAGAACAGAUUGGGUAUAACUUAAUUACUGACAUGCUUUUGUCACCAUCUGAUAAAAUGCAGCAUGUUGGAGGUGAAGCAGUUGUUGCCCUUUGCGAAGACAGCAGACAUCAUCAAAAUCAAAUAUGUAAAGGGAAUGGAAUCAGCCCGUUAGUUUGGCUGUUGAGAAAUGCAAAAAUAGCAGAGGGAACACUGCUGAAUGUCAUCAGAGCCCUGGGGACCAUAUGCAUCGGUGUAGCUCUUACAAACAACCCUGUCAGCCAGAAAAGUGUGUUGGAGGAACAGGCCUUGCCAACCCUGGUUCAUCUGCUCAAACAUCACGGUUCACUUCAGAUAAAGGCUGAAGUCGCAUAUUCCUUGGCUUGUAUUGUUUUAAAAAACAGAAAGCUACAGGAGGUAUUACAAGAAGAAGGUUUCAUUUAUUCUGAUGUUCUUGAACUUCUUCAAGUACCAGAUAAGGAUAUCCGUUUACGAGCAGCACAUGCUUUAGCCCUUUUUGCAUACAAUAACUGUGUCCAACAACUCCGGAUCCGGGAGAGUGGAACAAUUACAAUAUCCAUAUUUGAGCCUUUUUUGCAGUCAGAAAUUGAGACAGAUAAAGCCCUGGCAGCUUUUCAGAUUGUUGUGUUAGCCAGAGUUAUAGCAGAUGCCGAUCAGGUCACUUUGUCUGCUAGAGGUGUUACUACACUGGUGGAAUUGCUGAGCUCUGAGGACACUGUGACACUUAUUCUUACAGGGAAGUUACUGGCCAGCUUGGCUCAUACGAGGGCAGGAAUUCCAGAAGCCAUCACUACAUUAGGAACUAUCCAGCGCCUGUGUUAUCACCUGUACUCAGAUGACGAAGAGGUCUGCAUAGCCUCUGCCAAUGCACUGGGCUACUUAACGUUCAACCCGACCGCGUACCGCCACCUCCUCGGGGAGUGCAGGAACAAGCCCCAGCAGUUCGGCCGGCUGCUGGGGAACCUCAGCAGGGACGCGCGGAUAAACCCGGAUUUCGUCAACGAGUUCCGGCGAGAGAAACGCAUGGGGCUGCCUUCCCUAAGUUUGAUGAUAAACGGAGGACCGCCCGCAGUUCCAACUUACUCUAAAGAGAAGGCGUGGAGUCGCAGAGGAAGACAUCCCUGGACUAAAUGUCAACCCAAGGACUCACUGCUUUUAGUAUCUGCCCCUGCUCACCUAAGGGGAAAAUUCAGAAGAGCAAAUAUGUUCCAAGGACAAACUCCCAGAGUAUAUUCAUUUACGUAUGAAGUUUCGUCAGACAUCACAAAAGUUUCAAGACCAAGAAUCGUUAAUGUCAGUAAGAUUUCAGCCAUUGCACCGGGAGAGAAGCUUUAA